GCUACAGCAGUUACACCAGUUCGCCACACGAAGGCGCUACUUCCCCUUUCUUCGAGUUCCUUUCUUCGUCUUUGUUUUUGUUCCGUUGCUAGGAGACCACUUAGCUACUUUCGUGUUUUCAUCAAUGACUUUUUAUUGUUAAUUUCUCGUGAUAAAACUCAGUUUAUUGAAAAACUGUAUAAAUAGGAUAGUAGAAUGUCGGAUACGGAUUUAGGCAACGAGGAUGCCAACUCAAAAAGCGUUUUAUACACUUUUGUAUCUGAUGGAGACUGGAUGUAUCACAAAGGCGAGUACAAGAAAGCCAUAGAAAGCUACAUGAAGAUACUGUCAAUUAGACCAGAGGACAAAAGUUGCCAUGUUGGUAUUUCUAAAUGCCAUUUGUCGAUGGGUAACCCUGAAUUGGCUCUGAAGGAAGCAGAGAAUUCACUCAAGGCAGACAAGACAUAUUUUGAGGGAUUGCAUCAGAAAGCAGAAGCGCUGUAUUACAUGGGAGAAUUUGAAUUUGCCAAAGUGUGUAAUCACAGAGGGCUCAAGAUUCGACCUGAGAUACAGGAGUUCAGAGUAGGCAUCCAGAAAGCUCAGGAGGCCAUAGAAAACACAGCAGGAUCUCCAUCUUCAGUGAAACUUGAAAGCAAAGGAGAUCUCAGCUUUUUCCAAAAAGAUGACGAGGUGAGGAGAAAGUACCCAGCCACAGCUAUACAACAAAUGAUGGUAGAAAAGAAACCGCAAGCGACAGCAAAAAAAAUAAAAAAUGAUAAAAAAGACAAGCAGUUUUUGGGAGAGUUUUAUGACGAUAAAAAAUACCUGGAGGAACUUCUAAAACACAAAGAUCUGAGUAAAGUUGUUACAAAGAAAGGAGAGAGUCUGCAGGACGUGAUCAAAGGCUCCCUCAGUUACCUGGAGACCCGCUCUGAGUUUAGGAAUAAUGAGAAGCCGAUCGUGGUGCAAAAAGGAGGAAAGUCCAACCACAAAGUGACCAGGCCCAAGUCCGGCUCCGAGCACACGCAGAUCUUCAGGAAGCGCCUGGAGGAGAUUGAAUCAGAGUUGAUGUGUGGCAAUGCAAAAGCCAGUCUAAAAAAGGCUGAAGAACUCAUGAAAACUGUGCAGUCCUGGUCUCCAAAAGACGUACCAGAUAAAAAUGAGUUUUCAGAAAUUGUUCAUAGAUGUAUUGGAAACGCUCACUUCAAACUCGGAGACCUGGACAAAGCGCUGGACCACUACCGCAAAGAUCUGGAGUUCGGAAACAAAUGCAAACUUCGCGCCGACCGGUCAAGGGCACUGGAUGACAUGGGGCGUGUGUAUGCACAAAUGGGGCAGUUGGAGCAGGCUAUUGAGUGUCAGGAGAAGAGGAUUCCCUGGGUGCAUGAUGCAGAGGAGAAGAUUUGGGUGUUUUAUGAGCUCGGCUGCUUGUAUCUGGAAUUGAACCGAUUUGAAGAAGCCAGAUAUUGUGGUCUCCGCUCGGUCACAGCAGCAGAGGACACUGGGGAUGUCCAGUGGCAGAUGAAUUCAAAUCUUCUAGUUGCACAAUCUGAAAUGAAACUUGGAGAUUAUGAGUCCUCUGUCUCCCAUUUUGAGAAAGCUCUAAGCCACGCCAAAAAACAAGAGGAUGUCUCAGCUACAAAUGCUAUUCAAGAGGCCCUGGAUGAAGCAAAACAAUGUCUAACACAAAAUGAGGACGUUCCCCUAUAAAGGUCAUUAAAGUAUUAAUAGUUGUUUUCCUGAAAUUUAAAACUGCAUGUUUAACUGUUCCAUGAAUAAUAAAUAUAACUAUGCAGAGGCUGGACUAGUGCAUUUGUCAGCAGAAUGUUUGAGAUCAUUAAUAAUUGUGGUGGAAUUUUUAUUUAUUGGUUUAUUAUUUGGGAAAUAUC